CCAAACAAAGUGUAAAGGAAUCUUAUCAGAGAGCUUCCCCCAGUUCAUAAGCCUUAUGAACGAAAUAUGUUCAUAAGAUGGCAUUUUCGAAAUUAUUUGAACAUCUGUCAUUAUUUUAUUAUUAUCCUUCUUUGUAUCUGACAUGUCACUUAACUGUGAAGAUUUUGGCCGUUUGAGCGUGGUAACAACACUCCAAUUCCCAUCCCGUUUUGCGUUCUCCUGCACUCUUCUUCUCCUCCAAAAAAAGCUCAGAUUUCGUGUGGUUUGCUCUCAUCAGGCUUUGCUCUCUACUUCUGCCCUCCAAAUUUUUCAAGGUUUAAAGGUUUGAAUUAAUGCGACAUUCGUAAUUGAUGCCCCUAAGCGUAAUCUGACAUUGGUACCAGCUGAAUUGUGUGGUUAUGGAAUCAGAUUGUGAUCCUGGAAUAAUGGGAGAGCCUGUUUGGAGUUUGGCCAUUGAUGUUGAGGAGGGACAAUUAUUAACAUCUGGUGUUGGUACUGGUCUUCCCUCUCUUAACCUUGUGCCAUUGAAUGUUCCAAACUCUGCUGACAGAUUAGCUGCCAUGUCUCCAAUUAAAACGAUUGAAACAGUGGAGACAAUUGUCUCAACCAACAUGGUUACCAUGUACAGUUAUGUGGAAUCACCUAGGUUAGGGAUGGUUUUUAAAUCUUUUGAAGAUGUAGAAACUUACUACAAAGAGUAUGCCGAGCAGAAAGGUUUUGGAGUAUCAAGAGUUUCAUCAAAUUUUUCUAAGAAGGAUAAGGAGCGGAGAGGGGCGACAUGGAGGUGUGAGUGUUAUGGUCCACCUGAUAUGAGGGCAAAGAGGGAGGCGAAGAAAAGGUCCAAGUCUAUGGAAGCUUGUGGCACAGGUGGAUUAGUGAAUGGUGAAGUUGGGGAAGAUAUGUUGCAGCGGGCAAAAAGGACCUCCAAGAAAUGUCUUUGUGGUGCCAUGUUAUACGCUGGGGUUGACAGUGAUGGGUUGUGGGUUAUUAGGAAAUUGCGAAAAGAACAUGAUAACCAUGCCCCUAUACCUAGUGAUGCUAAAUUGGUAAAGGAGUAUCGAAUGAAAAAUUACACAUCGAAUGUAAGGAAGAAACUGUUGAAUUUCUACGAAGAAGGUGUCCCCGUAAGGCAAAUACAUGGGUGUAUGGGUACUGAGACCGGGAUCGACAACCUCCCUAGUGUUAAGGACCUUGAACAUGAAGUGCAAAAGGAAAAGGUGAAGCGGUUGAAAAUGGAAGGUGGUGAUGCGGCGGCCAUGAUGGCGUACUUUGAUCGGAUGCAAGAGGAUAAUCAAAAUUUUUAUCAAGCACACCGCUUGGAUGAAGAGGGUCGUUUGAAGGACGUAUUGUGGGUUGAUGCUCGGAGUAGAGUGGCUUUUGAAGAUUUUGGUGACGUGGUUUGUUUUGAUGCCACAUAUCUCACUAAUGAGUAUGAGCUCCCUUUUGCCAACUUUGUAGGGGUUAAUCACCACCGGCAAUCUAUAUUGUUGGGGUGCGCACUCGUUUCACACGAGGAUUCAGACACAUUUCGUUAGGUUUUUAGGCAAUGGCUGUCAUGCAUGGGAAAUAAACAACCCGGGGCUAUUCUGACUGAUCAAGCCGCUGCUAUGCGCAAGCCGUUAGAACAAGUGAUGCCCAAUGCUCGGCAUCGGUGGUGCAUUUGGCACAUACUGAAGAAAUUACCAGAUAAGCUCGGAAAAUGUGAAGGGUACCAUGAUUUUAAGAGUCCUCUUAAGACUCUUAUUUAUGAGAGCUUCACAGUUGGGGAGUUUGAGCGAAGAUGGAAUGAGUUAUUGUCGGAGUAUAACCUACUUGACAAUGACUGGUUAUCUGAAUUGUAUGAGGAACGUCAUAUGUGGGUCCCAGCCUUUAUGAAGGAGCAUUUCUGGGCCGGGAUGAAGACUACGCAAAGAGUGGAAAGCAUAAAUAGUUUCUUUGACGGCUUUGUAAACAGGAAAACAAAGCUAUAUGAAUUCCCGGAUAAGUACAAAAGAGCAAUGGAGAGGCGUGUGAAAGCGGAAAAAGAAGCAGAUGCUAGGUGCCGCAAAUAUCUUAGGCGUCUCGUUAGUGGAUUUUACAUUGAGGAAUUCUUCCAGAAAAUUUACACUGACACUAAGUUUCAGGAGAUUCAGACAGACUGUACUCGACUAAUGCAUUGUUCUGGGAGGGAAGAGCGUGUGUUGGAUGACAACUUGAUUCAAUAUAUCCUUGAAGACAGGGUCUGGAUUAUUCCAGAAAGGAAAAGUGAAGAAGUGAUUACUGAUCGGAGGCGAUUUUACUGUGUUAUUUUUAACACCGUUACGAAGGACGUGUCUUGUGAUUGCCGGAAGUUUGAAACGUUUGGUAUUCUAUGCAGGCAUGUAAUUAGAGUUUAUGAUCAAAACUUGGUUGUUGAUAUUCCAUCAAAGUAUGUUCUUCAAAGGUGGCGCAAAGAUGUGGCUCGGAAGCAUACUCGGGUUAAGGUUUCCUAUCAUGACCCAACUGAUAAUGCCACAUAUCAGAGUCACAACAAGUUGAUGCAGGAGUUUGAUCCCAUAUGUGAAAUUACAUCAUCUAUUCCAGCCGACAAGGAAACAUUUGACCUUGUGGUCAAUUCUUUAAAAAGGAUCCAUUUGGAAGUACAACAAAGCAGGGAAAAGUACCUUGAAAAUCAACCGUCUCUUCCAACCCUCCCAAGAACAAUGUUACCCCCAUCAGAAAUUGGAUCAAACAAUCCCAUGUCAUGCCCAACUCCAAACUCUGUAUCCAAGCCAGUAGUGUUUAAGGAUCCUGUGUCUCGGAAGAAACCUCGAGGACGUCCCAAGGGUAGGCCCAAAUCCCUGGCAGAGACUGGGUACAAGAAGAAGCCUGCUACAGCAAAAGGAGAACACAACAUUAAAACUGUUGCUGGUUCUGAUGUACCCACUAAGCUACCUGCAAAGCGGAAAAAAACUGAAAUUAGUCGUAACCAGAACACAAUAGAUGACUACUAUGAGUAUGUGGGAGAUGUUGCAGCAUAUGAUUAUCCCGCAGAUGUUGGAGCGCAUGAUGACAUUUUGCAAAGAAAUGGAGUGGACUGGUCAUUUACAUCUGAGGCGUUCUGAGGCCUUCUGAGGUCAUGUUUAGCAUUGCCAUGGGCAUGUUUAGAAAAUGGUCAUUUAUCUAUGUUGAAUUGACCACAAGCUCAAAUAUUAGAAACUUUUAUUUCUUUAGUUGGCAGACUUAUUUUGUUUUCAUGAAAUCCCUCUUUGACUUUUAUUGGGUUUGUUAGUUGGUGUACUGCCCCUCGUCAACUAUUAAAAAA